CUUGAGUGACGGAGGAGGGAUGAAGGCAGCUUUUGUAACUGGCGGAGGAGGUUACGUGGGUCGUCUGCUAGUUCGGCAGCUCGCCGAACACGGCUACUCUGUCACUGCAUUCGACUUGCGCUUUCAAGAAACUGCGAAUGAGCAGCAAAGUGGAGUCACCUACCUACUGGAAAAUUGAAGCGCCAAUCCGCAACGCAGGGAGACAUUACAGAUGGUCCAGCUCUAGAGCAGGCCGUGCGGCAAUCCAGUGCCUGUGUCCUCUUCCACUUGGCAUCGUACGGAAUGUCAGGCAGAGAGCAAUUGAAUAUUGGACAGAUUGAAGCGGUAAACAUUGAUGGAACAAAGAACGUGUUGAAAGCUUGUGUGGCAUGUGGAGUAGCAGCACUGGUGUACACGAGUACCUUCAACGUGGUGUUUGGUGGUCAGGAGAUUGUGGACGGCAGGGAAGAAGACUUGCCCUACUUUCCCCUCGACAAACAUGUGGAUCACUACUCUCGAACCAAGGCCAUUGCCGAGCAAGCUGUGCUGGCUGCAAACGGCUCUCGUCUGCUCGUCCAGUGCGGAAGGAGUGGGGAAAUUGUGAAGACGAAAGGUUAAAGACCUGUGCUCUGAGAUGUGCGGGGAUCUAUGGCGAAGGAGAGCAGAGGCAUCUCCCUAGAAUAGUGGUGUGGCUUAGUUUAGCCUACCAGAGAGAUAAUAUUUCUCUCCGUUUAUGGUUGUUGAACUGCAGAGCUAUAUUGAGAGGGGACUGUUUCAGUUUACGUAUGGCUCCGAGGACAGUCUGGUGGAGUUUCUGCACGGAGACAACUUUGUUCAGGCGCACGUUGAAGCUGCUUGCGCCCUCCAGGAACACAACUCGCCAGUUGCUGGAGAAGCAUACUUUAUCUCUGAUGGAAAACCUGUCAACAAUUUCGAGUUCUUUCGACCUCUGUGUGAAGGUCUUGGUUAUAGGUAUCCUGAGCUGCAUCUUCCACUCUCCCUUGUCUUUUACACAGCGUUUGUCAUUGAGGUAGUCCAUAGUAUAAUCGGCCGCUACGUCUACAACUUCCAGCCACUCAUAACCAGAGCAGAGGUAUUAAAGACAGGGGUUACCCACUACUUUAGUCUGGAGAAAGCCCGUAGGGACUUUGGCUACGACCCUCAACCCCACAACCUCUCCGGCGUUGUGACAUGGUUCAGAGACAGAGGCAAGGGGCGGGGCCUCAAGGGACACAGCAGGAAAGGGGUUAACAACAAAACUCUCUGCCACAGCAGGUGGAUAUACUUAUUGGGCUUCAUCACUCUGUGUGUCACUGUACAUUCUGUUGUGGUGAAACUUUUCGUCGCGAUUUCAGAAAAUCACGUA